AUGGCCUCUGGCUCUCAGGAUCUCUGUGAGAAAUGGUCCAGUAUUGCUGAUCAUGACUUGACCGCAGAACAUGUUCAAUCCACUCUCAAAUCUAUCAAGGACGACUUGUGGGUUGUUGCCGCUUGCGUUGAUCGAAUACUCGAUGAUGUAACAACACAACGCGACCUGCUGGAUCUUGGACUUGAAAGGACGAAAUCCGCUUUGGAGCGAGGCAAAAAUGUCUACGCCUCCGCAGACGACCUUGCACACGCAGACGAUUCUGGUGCCGAGAACGAAACACUGGUCUCGUACUUCCGUGAUGAACCAGCAGACGCACAAAUAUGCUAUAUGCGCGCAGUACUCCUUGGACGACUUGACCGGCUGAAUACCUUCGUGGAGCUGUGCAAAGAGGUUGGCGACCAGGAUGAAGAGCUUGUUGAUGGGGAAUGGGAGGACGACCCAUGGGGUGACAGCGAUGGCGUAGAGAAAACAGAGGGCCUGCCUUCAGGAAAGCUUCCCUUGGCCCUAUCCUCUUUCCUCGUGGAUGAUCUGCUUCAUAGUGCGUGUGUUUUGGCGACGGAGCAACGGUUCUCCGCUGUUCGUGUCUUAUUCGUUCAUUGUGGAUCUUACCUCUGGCCUCUUCGUUUCACGAUUCUGGAUAGCAUUCCCGAGCAUGUACACCCAUCUCAAUAUCUGGAAUUAUUACCGGCAUACGACGUAUCUCACGACAUUGAAAAGAGGUUCACCGCUAAGCCGUGGAGAGAAGAAGCCGACUGGUCAGAGCUCGUACCAGUGCAGCAAGCCUUAACAACCUCAGGCGUCGUUCACUUCGAAAUUGGCCCUCAUUAUUCAUUUGUACCGCCUUCCCACCCCGAACCACUCUCGUCGUCCGAAUUAACUUCAUGGUACGAUAAUCGUGUCGAGCAUGUCUUGUCUUCUACAGGAAUGGUGGAUGUCGCUCUAGCCGUCAUACAACACGGCGCGUCUCAGGGCCUGCCAGGUCUGGAUGAGCUGGGAGAGGAGCUGAGCCUUUUGUCACGCCUUGUCUACGACUCGCGCGCAGCAGAUGAAGACGAGACGGAGGAUUGGACGCUUGAUCGAUGGAGAGCUAUGGAUCCUCCUGCUGUUGUUCGAGCUUACCUCGCCCAUUCCACCUCCGACAACAUUGUAAUGGAUAUUCGACGACUCGUUAUGCCAUAUCUAUUUGUUUUGGAGGCUCGUGCGGAACGCUCAGGGCAGCCAGAUCCAUCUCUUGCUACCCGUCUUGUCAACGAGUUUAUACUUUCUGCACCUCUCGACAUUGUUGCGGCUAUCUUCGAGGCAUCAAAGCCAACGCUCUCUACAUCCCAGCGCCUCAUACGUGAUGAUGAAGACAUGGCGAGGCUAGCCCUUGCCUGUCUGUACGGUAGCGACAGCGUCAACGAGUGGCCAGCCAUGAGCCAGAUCUUUGAAUGCUUGCCAGCAUGGGACGUGAGUCCGACCGGGGAAGAUCAAGCAGACGAGGCAGACACGACUGUCACUUCCUUAGGGGCUUUUGUUGCACCAACAACCACGCGCCCACGCUGUACACCAGCGGACCUUCUCGUGUUUUUCAAACCUCUUCCCACAGUGUCGCUCUCUCGUGCCCUUGAUAUUCUGGACGUACAUCUAGAAUGCGGCGAGAUUUUGUCACGAUGGAGUGUUCCCACUCCGCUACGAUGGUUCUUGCAGAGUGCCAACGAUGAAGCACAGCAGCGAGCGUGGGCUACUCGGAUGGCCCGGCGUGCUGGUGGGUCCGAAGACGAACUGGAUACCCAAGGCGACUGGGAAUGGUUGCUGGAAGAUAUGAUCAAGCUAUCAGGCACUAACGACGCAGGGCUCAGAAAUGCGUUUGGCCUGUUAUCCAAGACUGAGGUCCUUCGCAUAUUCUUCAGUGGUUUACUUAGCACUGGGAAAUUCGAGAUCGCGAAGGUGCUAUUGCGGUCUAGGAAGAGCUCACUAUCAUUAGAAGAUGAGGUCAUCGAGGAGGUCUGUCUGGCUUGUUCUCGAGAGUUCUACGACAAUUCGACUUCUGGAAAUUAUCGAUUCGGGGAUAUGAAGCUGGCGUACGAUUGUCUGUCGGUCCCGGCACGGUCAGACAAGAUCAUACGUGAACAGGAGUUUAUUGAAGCGACCUCUCGCAUUGCUUCGUUCAAUGUCAUGUCUCGUCCUGGGAUCCCUAUCUCCCCGAUCGAGGUACGACUCACCAAAGACCGCCUCUCUUUGGUGUCCCGUGUUCUUUCCAGCAACAGCGACGCGUAUAAAUAUACCGAAGUUAUUCUUGAUCUCGUCCACAAACUUGGCUUCCGGGACGAUAUCACCGCGGAGGUGAAGGCUCUCGCUAUGAUCGCAGAUACUGCCCUUCAGGCAGAAGAUUUUACCCGGGCAUACGAGACAAGCGAAGCAAUGGUGAAGACGGUGCUCAAGAUCAGGGCAGUGAUCGACAGCUCUGACGACCCCCAAGUCCAGGAGGCGAGCGAAGUGUGCUGGGUAGCGUGUUUCCAGCUCGGCCGGCAGCCCGAGUUCCCAGACGUACAGAAAAAGCUCGCCCUCCUCGCACGCGCCAUCGAAUUAUGCCCUGCGUCCAAAAUCGUUGACAUACUGGCCGCAUGGCGCCUCGUCGAGUCAGAAGACCUCGAAGUGCGCAAAGAGCGCAUCGCAUCGCGGCGCGCCGAGGCGAUCGAAUCUGGUGACGGGGGCCGAAAGAGAAAACGGAGCGCCCCCUCGGCGGGUGCGAUGCCCUCCUCGCUCGCCACACGGUUCCAGAACCUCCACAUGCCGGACCUCCACAUUCCGUCGCCGCCGCUGGUCAGCACCCCAGACGCGGCCGCACUCUCGAACACGUUUAGCCGCGUCGCGGCCAAUUUCCCAUCUUUCGCGGUGGGCGGCCGCCCGCUAUCCGUCGGCUCUCAUGAAACAGGAAGAUCCGGGCGGAACGAGCACGAGGAUGUGUCCGCACAGGCUAGUCGGGUGCUUCAGAAGGGUAUCGGAUGGUUGCUCGGCGCCGACGAGGGUGAGGAGUGA